AUGAACCACGAUCCUUUUAAAUGGGGGAGACCCAAUGAUGCAACUUACGGUGCCUACAAUCACCACAUAGCCCAAGCUACUCCAUAUGCGUACGAAGAGCAGCACGCUUCUUCGACUUCAACGACCACCUCUUCAUUCCCCAAGAUGAAUACUCAGAACCCAAUCAUCACGGGUACUUCAGUUAUUUCAUUGAAAUUCAAAGAUGGGGUUAUUCUCGCCGCUGACAAUCUUGGAUCCUAUGGAUCUCUUGCCAGAUUCACCAACAUUGAAAGGUUGAUUCGUGUUGGUAAAGAAACCAUCGUUGGGAUCUCGGGUGACAUCUCAGACUUGCAACAAAUUGAAAGGAUUUUAGAAGAGUUGGAAACCACCCAGGAAGUGUACGAUAACUUCGAUGGAGGUGACGACUUAAAGGCUCCACACGUACACGAGUACUUGUCUAGAGUGAUGUACAACCGUCGUUCAAAUAUGAACCCAUUGUGGAAUGCAAUCGUAGUCGGUGGUUUCGAUAAAGAUGGUAAGACCCCAUUCCUUAAGUAUGUUGAUCUCUUGGGAGUCACCUAUGGAUCAUCCACAAUUGCCACUGGGUUUGGUGCACACUUGGCCGUACCAUUGUUAAGACAGUUAAUACCAGAAGAUAAGGAUUACGUGAAUAUCACUGAAGAACAGGCAAGAGAGUGUAUCUUGAACGCAAUGACCGUUUUAUUCUACAGAGAUGCAAGAUCUUUGGACAAAUUUUCGCUUGUGACUGUUAAGAAUGAUGGAGAGUUCAAGUUUGAAAAAGAAUUACGUUGUGAGGGUCAAAGAUGGAAGUUUGCAAAGGAUAUAAGAGGAUAUGGAAGUGCCCAGCAGUAG